CUAUCACCCUCUCUUGUUCACAGUUCACAUCCCAACAAAAGGACACAUUUAAACACCCAUUCUCACAUCGUCUUUUCCCAUUUUUUCUCUCUCUCUCUCUCACAGACUCACAGUCUCUUUCCUUCUCCCUUGGAAAAAGAAAUAGAGAGAGGAAACUGACUGAGACGCGUUUUAGUUCUCUAUAAGGUAGCGGUGCCGCUGGUUCUUCCACAGAUCUUCAACUUUCCGGCCAUCAUGGUCGACGUCGAACGGAGAAUGGCCAGCUUAAACCCGGCCCACGUAGCCGGCUUACGCCGACUCUCGGCCCGUGCUGCCGCUGCUUCCCCUGCCACAACUUCUGCUCCGGUCCGAACUGGUCUCGAUUCUUUCUCUUCCCUAGCUGUCAAGGUUAUUUCCCACCUCCGCAGCUCCGGCAUUUCUGUCCAACCAGGCCUCUCCGACGCGGAGUUUGCCCGAGCAGAGGCUGAGUUCGGUUUCGUCUUUCCACCUGAUCUCCGUGCUGUUCUCUCUUCUGGGCUCCCGGUUGGACCCGGAUUCCCUGACUGGCGUGCCAGUGCUGGAUCACGGCUCCACCUCCGCGCCUCUCUCGACCUCCCAAUCGCUGCGAUUUCGUUUCAGAUUGCACGAAACGCUCUCUGGCCCAAGUCUUGGGGUCCACGGCCCUGUGACCCAGAGAAGGCUCUUCGUGUUGCUCGAAAUGCACUCAAGAGGGCACCACUCUUGAUCCCUCUGUUCAACCACUGCUACAUCCCUUGCAACCCCUCUUUGGCAGGAAACCCCAUCUUUUUCGUCGACGAGAGUCGGAUAUUCUGUUGUGGAUUGGAUUUAUCCGAUUUCUUCGAACGGGAAUCCCUGUUCAGAUGCGAUGAUGAUCCCUGCGUCUUCAAGAGGCAGCGAUCCGUCAGCGAGAAGACAUCAGUUUCGUCAUCAUCUUCUUCAUAUUCCUCUAAUUACUCCCGCAGAAGCCUAGAUUCCGGUGCCACCGCAGGGGGCAGAACACCCAGAUGGGUCGAGUUCUGGAGCGACGCGGCCGUUGAUAGAAGACGAAGAAAUUCGUCCUCCUCCUCGUCUUCCUCGUCGCCGGAUCGGUACUUUGAGAUUCCUCGGCCGUUAUUUCGAGGGAAACUGCCGAAAUGGGUGGAAGGGUAUUUGGAGCGGAUCGGAACAGUUCUAAGGGAAGGUGGGUGGGUUGAGGCUGACGUGGAAGAAAUCGUUCAGGUAUCAGCCUCUGGUUUUUUCGAAGAGGACAUGAUUUUGUUAGAUAGUCAAGCUGUGUUGGAUGCUCUGUUGCUCAAGGCAGACCGAUUUUCGGACACCCUCAGAAAAGCAGGGUGGAGCUCUGAGGAGAUCACAGACGCUCUGGGUUUUGAUUUUCGGCCUGAAAAAGAGAAAAGACCAUUGAAGAAAUUGUCACCGGAGCUAGUGGAGAAGAUCGGAAAAUUGGCAGAGUCAGUUUCCCGAUCAUAAACAAAGGUUACAGAGUCUGGCAUCGAGAUUCUUUCAUGGUUUUUACUUAAUUUUACCUUUUUUUUAAGAUAUAAUCUCGCUCUUUUUGGGGAAGUAAAAAUGAAAGACAAUUGGGAAUCGCGUUGUAAUCUUAAGAAACAUAGAUUAAUGGAGAUAUGUAAACUGUAACAGAUAAAUAUAUAUUGCUUUAAAUACAACUAAGAUCUUUACGAAUC